AUGUUGCCGUGGAAUUCACUUAGCCGCAUUUUCCGAGUGGCGGCGGCGGCGGCGGCGGAGGUGGAGGCGGAGGCGGAGCUCUGGCAGGUGGCGCUGUGUGAACCCCGUGAACCGAGGUGGACCAGAGGGGAUCUCUCUGGGCGCGGCUGCUCAGGGUCAGUGUGUUCUGCUCCACCUCCAGGGCCGGUGGACGUGAACAUCCAGGCCAAGUGCGACCCCUGCCUGUCCAGCCCGUGCCGGAACGACGGCACCUGCACCAACGACCCCGUGACCUUCUACCGCUGCACCUGCCCGUAUGGCUUCAAGGGCCAGAACUGUGAGGAGCCGAUCCACGCCUGCAUCAGCAACCCAUGCCAGAACGCUGGAACCUGCCAUCUGAAGGAAGGAGAGGAGGGCAACUUCUGGUGUGUGUGUCCAGAGGGCUUUGAGGGGGACAUGUGUGAGAUCAACAUUGAUGACUGCGAAGACAACGACUGUGAGAACAACUCCACCUGCAUCGACGGAAUCAACAACUACACAUGCAUGUGUUCUCCAGAGUACACAGCUGCUACCAAUGAGGUGGAGAGAGGGGAAUUGUGUGAGGAGAAGCUGGAUUUCUGUGCUCCUGAGUUGAACCCGUGUCAGCACGACUCAAAAUGCAUUCUGACCCUUCAGGGAUACAAGUGUGAGUGUACUCCAGGCUACGUGGGGGAACACUGUGAGUUGGACUUUGACGACUGCGCUGACAACAAAUGUCAGAACGGCGGCCAAUGCAUCGACGCCGUCAACGGAUACACCUGCGUCUGUCCGGAGGGAUACAGCGGCCUGUUCUGUGAGUCCCCCCCCCCCAUGGUGCUCCCGCGCACCAGCCCGUGUGACGACCACGAGUGUCUGAACGGGGCGCAGUGCGUCGUCAUGGGAACGGACCCCCGCUGCCAGUGUCUCCAGGGUUACCAGGGCGAGCGCUGCGAGACGCUGGUCAGCGUUAACUUCAUCAACCGGGAGUCGUACCUGCAGCUGCCCUCCAGCCUCAUCUCCCCCCAGACCAACAUCAGCCUGCAGAUCGCCACGGACGAGGACAGCGGCGUGCUGCUGUACAAAGGAGACAACGACCACAUCGCCAUGGAGCUGUACCGCGGCCGGCUGCGCGUCAGCUACGACACCGGCUCCUACCCGCCCUCCGCCAUUUACAGCGUGGAAACGGUGAACGACGGGAGUUUCCACGUGGUGGAGCUGGUGGCGCUGGACCAGACGCUGUCCCUGUCCAUCGACGGCGGCGCCCCCAAGUCCAUCACCUCGCUCAGCAAACAGUCCACCCUCAGCAUCGACUCCCCGCUCUACUUGGGCGGCAUGCCGCCGCGCAGCUCGCUGCCCGGCGCGUUCUCCGCCCUGCAGCAGGGCUCCGGGGGCCGCAACGGCACCAGCUUCCACGGCUGCCUGAGGAACCUCUACAUCAACGGGCGCCUGCAGGACCUGGGGGCGGGGCUGGGGCCGGCGGGCGGGGCCGCAGGGGCGGCGGCUAGCGCCGGCUCGGGCUCCGGGGCCGGGCAGAGCCCCCCCACGGGGGCCCAGUGGCUGGGGCAGGGCAUGGAGGCGGGGUGCCAGCCCUGCCAGCAGGGGGCGUGCGCCCAGGGGGACUGCCACCCCACGGGGCACAGCGGCUUCACCUGCACCUGCCACCCGGGCUGGACCGGGGCGGGGUGCGACCAGCAGCUCAGCCAGCCCUGCAGCGGCAACAAGUGUGUCCACGGCGCCUGUCAGCCCAUCAACUCCUACUCGUACUCGUGCCGCUGCCAGCCGGGCUUCGCGGGGGUGCUGUGUGACGAGGCCGACCUGCGGGCCGCCGACCCCUGCAGCCUGACGCGCUGUAAGCACGGCCAGUGCCGUCUGUCGGGCCUGGGGCUGGCCUACUGCGAGUGCAGCGGCGGGUUCACCGGGGAGGCCUGCGACCGAGAGGUGGCCUGCCGAGGGGAACGGGUCCGAGAUGUCUACCAGAGGCAGCAGGGCUAUGCGGCGUGCCAGACCCAGGAGAAGGUCUCCCGCCUAGAGUGCCGCGGGAGCUGCCCUGGGGGAACCGGAGGAGGAGGAGGAGGAGGAGGAGGAGGAGGAGCAGGAGGAGGAGGAGGAGGAGGAGGAGGAGCAGGAGGAGUGGGAGACGCGGGGCAGGAAGGCACCUGCUGCACCCCCCUCCGCAGCAAGCGCAGGAAAUACACCUUCCAGUGCACCGACGGCUCCUCCUUCGUCCAGGAGGUGGAGAAGGUGGUGAAGUGCGGCUGUACGAAAUGCUCCUUGUAGAGAAAAACCCACGAAGAAGAGAACACAAAGACAACGCCCUCGACGGAAGACUCCCUGUUGUGCUCAACGUCCCCCCCCCCCCCGCCCCCACACACACAUCCCCCCUCCCACCUUGCUCCGCGCUCCUCAUCUCCCU